AGAGGAGGGUGGGGUUGGUGCUGUGCGGUGCGGUGCCUUGCGGUCCGGCGAGGCGGGGGAGUGCGUGGACAGAGAUGCUGAAGUUUAAGUAUGGCGUGCGCAGCCCAUUGGCCCCAAGUGCACAGGAGCCCAUCAGUAGCCGGGCCUCCAGACUGAAUCAUCUUUUCCAGGGUAAAACACCCUUCAUGACUCAACAGCAGAUGUCUCCUCUCUCCCGUGAAGGGAUACUGGAUGCCCUUUUUGUUUUCUUUGAAGAGUGCAGCAGUCCUGCCCUAAUGAAGAUUAAGCAUGUGAGCAACUUUGUCAGAAAGUAUUCGGAGACCAUCGCUGAAUUACGGGAACUCCAGCCUGGCCUGAAGGACUUUGAAGUAAAAAGUCUGGUGGGCUGUGGUCACUUUGCUGAAGUACAGGUAGUGAGGGAAAAAGUCACUGGGGACAUCUUUGCCAUGAAAGUGAUGAAGAAGAGGUCUUUGUUGGCGCAAGAAGAGGUUUUGUUUUUUGAUGAAGAACGAAGCAUAUUAUCUCGGAGUACAAGUCCUUGGAUCCCUCAGUUACACUACGCAUUUCAGGACAAAGAGAAUCUUUAUCUGGUCAUGGAAUAUCUGCCUGGAGGGGACCUGGUAUCACUCUUGAAUCGGUAUGAGGAUCACUUAGAUGAAAACAUGGUGGAGUUUUAUCUUGCUGAACUGGUAUUGGCCAUUCACAGUGUUCAUCAGAUGGGCUAUGUCCAUCGAGACAUCAAACCAGAAAACAUUCUUAUUGACCGAACAGGACAUAUUAAGCUGGUGGACUUUGGAACAGCUGCCAAAAUGACUACAAAUAACAUGGUGAACUCCAAGCUUCCUAUUGGGACACCCGAUUACAUGGCACCAGAAGUCCUGACAGUGAUGAAUGGAGAUGGAAAGGGCUUUCAUGGGCCUGAAUGUGACUGGUGGUCAUUGGGCGUCAUUGCUUAUGAAAUGGUUUAUGGAAGAUCACCUUUUACUGAGGGAACCACAGCAAAAACUUUUAAUAAUAUCAUGAAUUUCCAGCGGUUUCUGAAGUUCCCAGAUAGCCCCAAAGUUAGCAGUGAAUUUCUCGAUCUGAUUCAGAGUCUGCUGUGUGGACCAAAAGAAAGGCUGAAUUAUGAGGGUCUUUGUUGCCAUCCAUUUUUCUCAAAAAUUGAUUGGAAUAACAUUCGUAACUCUCCUCCCCCCUUCGUUCCCACCCUCAAGUCUGAUGAUGACACCUCUAAUUUUGAUGAACCAGAGAGGAAUUCGCGGGCUUUACCUUUUCCGGGCCAGUUGAACCCUGGAGGUUUCUCUGGUGAAGAUUUGCCUUUUGUGGGGUUUUCGUUCAGCAAAGCACUGGGGAUCCUUGGUAGAGCAGAGUCUGUUGUAUCAGGUUUGGACUCUCCUGCCAAGAUUAGCUCCAUGGAAAAGAAACUUCUUAUCAAGAGCAAAGAGCUACAAGACACUCAGGACAAGUGUCACAAGAUGGAGCAGGAAAUGACACGGUUGCACCGGAGAGUGUCUGAGGUGGAGGCCGUGCUUAGUCAAAAGGAGGUGGAGCUGAAGGCCUCUGAAACCCAGAGAUCCCUCCUGGAGCAGGACCUGGCUACUUACAUCACAGAAUGCAGUAGUCUAAAGCGAAGUUUGGAGCAGGCCCGGAUGGAAGUGUCUCAGGAGGAUGACAAGGCAUUGCAGCUUCUCCACGAUAUCCGAGAGCAGAGUCGAAAGCUGCAAGAGAUCAAAGAACAGGAGUAUCAGGCCCAAGUAGAAGAGAUGAGGUUGAUGAUGAAUCAGUUGGAGGAGGACCUUGUUUCUGCCAGAAGACGUAGUGAUCUCUAUGAAUCCGAGUUGAGAGAGUCUCGGUUAGCAGCUGAAGAAUUCAAACGCAAAGCCACAGAAUGUCAGAAUAAAUUGAUGAAGGCUAAAGAUCAAGGGAAGGUUGAAGUAGGAGAACUAUAUUCCAAACUGGAAAAGGUGAAUGCUGAACAGCAGCUCAAAAUCCAGGAGCUACAAGAGAAGCUGGCCAAGGCUGUGAAAGCCAGCUCUGAGGCAACUGAACUGCUUCAGAAUAUUCGUCAGGCCAAGGAGCGAGCUGAGAGGGAGCUGGAGAAGCUGCAGAACCGAGAAGACUCCUCUGAAGGCAUGAGAAAGAAGUUGUUUGAGGCGGAGGAACGACGCCAUUCUCUGGAGAACCAAGUAAAGAGGCUAGAGACUGUGGAACGCAGAGAAAACAGACUGAAGGAUGAUAUCCAGACUAAAUCACAACAGAUUCAACAGAUGGCUGAUAAAAUUCUGGAGCUGGAGGAGAAGCACCGGGAGGCUCAGGUCUCAGCCCAGCACCUAGAGGUGCAUCUGAAACAAAAAGAGCAACUCUACGAGGAAAAAAUUAAAGUGCUGGACAAUCAGAUAAAGAAAGAUCUUGCUGACAAGGAAACCCUCGAGAAUAUGAUGCAAAGACAUGAGGAAGAAGCUCAUGAAAAAAGCAAGAUUCUCAGUGAGCAGAAGGCGAUGAUCAAUGCUAUGGAUUCCAAGAUCAGGUCUCUGGAACAGAGGAUAGUGGAGUUGUCAGAAGCAAAUAAAUUGGCAGCAAAUAGCAGCCUUUUUACCCAACGGAACAUGAAAGCCCAAGAAGAGAUGAUUUCAGAGCUCAGACAGCAGAAGUUUUAUCUGGAAACACAAGCUGGGAAAUUGGAAGCUCAGAAUCGAAAGCUGGAAGAACAGUUGGAAAAAAUCAGUCAUCAAGACCAUAGUGACAAGAGUCGCCUUUUAGAGCUGGAGACGAGGCUGAGGGAGGUUAGUCUAGAGCACGAAGAACAGAAGUUGGAACUUAAACGCCAGCUCACCGAACUGCAGCUCUCCCUCCAGGAGAGAGAAUCUCAGCUUUCAGCAUUGCAGUCUGCCCGUACUGCCUUGGAGAAUCAGCUCCGCCAGGCGAAAACUGAGCUGGAGGAGACGACGGCAGAAGCGGAGGAGGAGAUCCAGGCCCUCACGGCACAUAGAGAUGAAAUCCAGCGUAAAUUUGAAGCCCUUCGUAAUAGCUGCACAGUGAUAACAGACUUGGAAGAGCAACUGAACCAGUUGACUGAGGACAACGCAGAGCUGAACAACCAAAACUUCUACUUGUCCAAGCAGCUGGAUGAGGCUUCUGGCGCCACGGAUGAGCUGGUACAGCUGCGCAGUGAGGUGGACCAUCUCCGCCGGGAAAUCACUGAGAGGGAGAUGCAGCUCACCAGCCAGAAACAAACAAUGGAAGCCUUGAAGACCACUUGUACAAUGCUAGAAGAGCAAGUGAUGGAUUUAGAGGCCCUGAAUGAUGAGCUUCUGGAGAAGGAACGUCAGUGGGAGGCCUGGCGGAGUGUUCUUGGUGAUGAGAAGUCCCAGUUUGAGUGUCGGGUCCGAGAGUUACAGAGAAUGUUGGAUACUGAGAAGCAGAGCAGAGUAAGAGCCGAUCAGCGUAUUACGGAGUCUCGUCAGGUGGUGGAGCUGGCCGUGAAGGAACACAAAGCUGAGAUCCUGGCUCUGCAGCAGGCCCUGAAGGAGCAGAAGCUGAAGGCUGAGAGCCUCUCAGAUAAGCUCAAUGACCUGGAGAAGAAGCACGCCAUGCUGGAAAUGAAUGCCCGAAGUUUACAGCAGAAACUGGAAACUGAGCGAGAGCUGAAACAGAGGCUCCUGGAAGAGCAAGCAAAACUGCAGCAACAAAUGGACUUGCAGAAGAAUCACAUCUUCCGUUUGACUCAAGGACUCCAAGAGGCUCUAGAUCGAGCUGACCUGCUCAAGACAGAGAGGAGUGAUCUGGAAUAUCAGCUAGAAAAUAUUCAGGUCCUUUAUUCUCAUGAAAAAGUGAAAAUGGAAGGCACCAUUUCCCAGCAAACCAAGCUCAUUGAUUUUCUGCAGGCUAAGAUGGACCAACCGGCUAAGAAGAAAAAGGUUCCUCUGCAGUACAAUGAGCUGAAGGCGGCCCUGGAGAAGGAGAAGGCCCGCUGUGCAGAGCUGGAGGAGGCGCUGCAGAAAACUCGGAGUGAGCUGCGAUCGGCUCGAGAAGAAGCUGCCCAUCGUAAAGCAUCAGAUCAUCCCCACCCAUCCACUCCAGCCACUGCUCGGCAGCAGAUCGUCAUGUCUGCAAUCGUUAGGUCCCCGGAGCACCAGCCCAACCCAAUAAGUUUGCUGGCUCCACCUUCCAGUCGGAGAAAAGAGUCCUCCACACCAGAAGAGUUUAAUCGGCGUCUAAAAGAGCGAAUGCACCACAAUAUCCCCCAUAGAUUCAAUGUGGGACUGAACAUGAGAGCAACAAAGUGUGCAGUGUGUCUGGAUACUGUGCACUUUGGACGUCAGGCAUCCAAAUGUCUUGAAUGCCAGGUAAUGUGCCACCCCAAAUGUUCAACAUGCCUGCCAGCUACCUGUGGUCUGCCUGCUGAGUACGCCACACACUUCAGCGAAGCCUUCUGCCGGGACAAAAUGAACUCCCCGGGACUGCAGCUCAAGGAGCCAAGCACUAAUUUACGUCUGGAAGGAUGGAUGAAGGUGCCAAGAAAUAACAAACGAGGACAACAAGGCUGGGAUAGGAAAUACAUCGUCCUGGAGGGAUCUAAAGUGCUCAUCUAUGACAGUGAAGCCAGAGAAGCUGGACAGAGGCCGGUGGAAGAAUUUGAGCUGUGCCUUCCUGAUGGGGAUGUCUCCAUUCAUGGAGCUGUGGGAGCUUCUGAACUUGCAAAUACAGCUAAAACGGAUGUGCCAUACAUAAUGAAGAUGGAGUCUCACCCACACACCACUUGCUGGCCUGGGAGGACACUCUACUUGCUCGCCCCCAGCUUCCCAGAGAAGCAGCGCUGGGUCACUGCCUUAGAGUCAGUUGUCGCAGGUGGGAGAGUUUCUAGGGAAAAAGCAGAGGCUGAUGCUAAGCUGCUUGGGAACUCCCUGCUGAAGCUGGAAGGGGAUGAUCGCCUGGACAUCAACUGCACCCUGCCCUUCAGCGACCAGGUGGUGCUGGUCGGGGCCGAGGAAGGGCUUUAUGCCCUGAAUGUCUUGAAGAAUUCCCUGACCCACAUCCCAGGGGUGGGUGCUGUCUUCCAAAUCCACAUCAUCAAGGACCUGGAGAAGCUCCUCAUGAUCGCAGGAGAAGAGAGAGCCUUGUGCCUCGUUGAUGUGAAGAAAGUCAAGCAGUCCCUAGCACAGUCCCACCUCCCUGCCCAGCCAGACAUCACGCCCAGCGUCUUUGAAGCCGUCAAAGGCUGUCAUCUGUUUGCGGCCGGCAAGAUUGAGAAUGGACUUUGUAUCUGUGCUGCCAUGCCUAAUAAAGUUGUCGUUCUCCGAUACAAUGAAAACCUCAGCAAGUACUGCAUCAGGAAAGAGAUAGAAACCUCUGAGCCCUGUAGUUGUAUACAUUUCACUAACUAUAGUAUCAUCAUUGGGACAAACAAAUUCUAUGAAAUUGAAAUGAAGCAGUACACACUGGAGGAGUUUCUGGACAAAAAUGACCAUUCCUUGGCGCCCGCAGUGUUUGCUUCUUCCUCCAACAGUUUCCCAGUCACUAUUGUACAGGUGAACAGUGCAAGCCAGAGAGAAGAAUACCUGCUCUGUUUCCAUGAAUUUGGUGUAUUUGUGGACUCUUAUGGAAGACGAAGCCGCACAGAUGAUCUGAGAUGGAGUCGCUUGCCUUUGGCCUUUGCCUACAGAGAGCCCUAUCUGUUUGUGACACACUUCAACUCUCUUGAAGUGAUUGAGAUCCAGGCCCGUUCUUCUUUGGGAACUCCCGCACGUGCUCAUUUAGAAAUUCCAAAUCCUCGUUAUUUGGGACCAGCAAUUUCAUCAGGAGCGAUUUACUUGGCAUCUUCCUACCAGGACAAAUUAAGAGUCAUCUGCUGCAAAGGAAACCUGGUUAAGGAGUCUGGUGGUGAACACCCCAGAGGGGCCUCCACCUCUCGCAGCAGUCCCAACAAGAGAGGCCCCCCCACCUACAACGAGCACAUCACCAAAAGGGUGGCCUCCAGCCCGGCACCCCCUGAAGGUCCUAGUCACCCACGAGAACCAAGCACACCCCACCGCUACCGAGAAGGCAGAACCGAGCUGCGAAGGGAUAAGUCUCCUGGCCGGCCUCUGGAGAGGGAGAAGUCUCCAGGGCGUGUGCUGAGCACCAGGAGGGAGAGGUCUCCCGGAAGACUGUUUGAUGAAAGCAGCAGGGGUCGACUGCCUGUUGGAGCCGUGAGGACACCGCUGUCCCAGGUUAAUAAGGUCUGGGACCAGUCUUCAGUGUAGUUCUCAACUAGCAACAAACAAAACACAAGAUGGACUCCUCAUCUUCACCUGCAGGACAAGCUACAUCAGGGCUCUGAGCGGGUGAUACAGCUACCCCCGGGAGCCCUGGGCCCCUCUGAGCCAGCACUCCUCAGCAAAGACAAUGGAGGAGGCCCGGCUGAGGCCAGGAGGGGCACCGGCUAGCUGGCCACAGUCUCUUCCCCACCCCUUCCUGGGUCAUCCCUGCACUUUGUGCGACUGCUACUCUUUCAAGCUCUUCAUAAACUUCUGUACCAAGGACAAGGAAGAUGUGGACCCUCGUGGGCAUGAUUGGAACUCUGAUUUACUAGCUACAUCAUCAUAAGUUAAAAAAAGACAAUGGAAUCCUUGAGAGAUGUGAACAGAAGUGACCUUCCCGUUGAAGUUGUCUCUUCUAGCUCGACUGCAGCGUUGGGUCUUUACAACCAAAACGUAGAGUAGAACCCACAGCCCCAUCCCGUUUGCUUCCCUUCUGUUGACAGCCAUCCUCAGCCCUGGCCCUGACACUCCAUUCAUCGCCUCUCCCCACUCCACCCAGCUUAGAAUGUCCCCAUGUUUGUGGGCCUCCCCUUGAGGGCAGGACUCCAGGCCCAGGAGCUCGUGGAGCUUUGAGCGGUUUCUUCUCGGGACCGCCAGCCCUGCUUUCACGUGGCUCUGGCCAGCCAUGCAUGUGGUAGACUUGCUCUGAGCCCAGCAUCCCCGGGGCGGCCAGGAGCCGCUGUCCAGGCCCCCUGCAUGCUGCCGCACCAUCAGCCUGGCUCAUCUCUUGGUUGCUACGCUAAGUAUCGUAUCAUCAUUCCUAUGUAAACAAGCGAAUUAAGACCUUUGGAUGACUUGCCGACUUACUGGCCAUGACUGAGCUGCAGUCUGUAGCACUAGGAAAAACGCUACAAGCCUUAUUAUUCUGAUGAGAGAAGGAUUUCAGCAAAUCACCGCCUAGAAAACUUGAAUGUGACCCCCUCUGUGUGUCCCCUCCUGUGCUUUCCUUCUCAGUAACCUGAAUCAUGACUCUGUGCGCCCACAUACCCGCUCCUUAGAAACUGGGACUCUUUUCAGGGCCUUUCCCUCGGGCCAAGCCCGUGAUCAGGAAACCCCACGUUGAGGCUGUGUUCCUUAGGUGCAGUGUGUUCUUGUCUUGCUUUCUCCUUGUCUGUUAAUUAAGAGGGUGAGCUCCCUAGCCUUGGAGAACCUAGAUAAUCAAGUGCUUCUGCAGCCGGCAGGUUCCCUGGCAGCCUCAAUUCUGGCUUCCCCUGCUCUGCUGUGACUUUGAAUCAGCAUCUGCCAACAAUCAAGGCACAGUGAUGACCAUCGUGGCCGGCUGGUGUGAAUUGUGAAUUGGUUUCAGCCACAGUCAGAGCAAAAAAAUAGCUGCUCACUUCUUAGGGAUCUAGUGUAGCUUAAUCUCCAGUUUGCCCUCCGGCCCGGGUCCUCUGGUCCUCCCUGUUUGUCUCCUCCCUCCAGCUCAUGUGUUUCAGAUUUCUGGGAAACUCAUAGUCAUCUGGACCUCUGGCAAAUGUCUUGACUGGUGUGGCUUUUGUGUUGUCAAAAGUUUUGGGUUUUGUUUGUUGUUUCUUUUCUUUUCUUUUUCUUAUACUUUAACUCCCCACUGAGAGCAGAAGAUUUGACUGAAAAUUUGCUGAAGUUUUGCCUCUUGGUCCACAAGUAUUUUGAAAGGUCAUUGAAAUUGGUCUUUCAGUCUUCGCAUUUCAUUUAGAUCUCCAUGAGAAAUGGGCUUCUCAAGUCCUAAAAAGUGUAUAUCUUGUGUCUCAUUUGUGAAAUGCUUCCUCCUACCGGAAUAGCUCAAAAGACUGUACAUAUUUACAAGAAACUUUAUAUUCGUAAAAAAAACAACAAAGGAAAUUGAAUUGGUUUCUACUUUUUUAUUGUAAAAGGUGCAUUUUUCAACACUAACUUUUAGUUUUGGUGGUGGUGGUUGUGGAUAGCCAUCAGAUCAGAGGGUGGGAGCUCUCUGUGAGACCACCAAGAUCCCAGAAAGAAAUAUGGUCACAUGAAAUUGCACUUAGAUGCUUCUAAGUUAUUAUGGUUCUAGGUAUCCAAAAGUACAGCUUUUUCUUCAUUACCUUUUUUAUUCUUGACAAGGAAAGGAAUAUAAGGUAUAAUUCAGGAUCCAUCCUGAAAGAAAUGGACUUUGUUGUUGAACAAUAAAUAAUCAGUUAAAGCAA